CAAUAACGGCAUGUCCAAAGCUGCUUUCUGGCCCGGGUAGGCAAAACCCCAGUGAAGGAGCACCAGGCCCAGGCUUUUGCAUUUCCAGACCAAGUAGUCUGCUGCCAGCUUGUAUAUAUAGACCCAUACAUGGGCUACAUGUUAGGGUGGGGCUCAAGGGGGAUGCAGCCCUGAGUUGUUCGCCGGGCCUGCCAUCUGCUCGCGGAAAGUGCACCGCCCUGACUCCUCAGCACAGGCCGCGGCGACAGCUACAAUAUCUAACAAACAAUUCUGAACGGAAGAUUUACGCGUACUGUACGUUGUAGAGUCGCUCGCCUUAUGAUACACAGUAUCAACUAUUAAGCCUUCCCCAACACUCGCCUGCAAACGCUUCCGCUCGGGGGCCAGCUUGUCGCUCGUGCGCGACAAGUACCAGUACACAAUCUCGAUGGAACAGGUCUCAGGAGCUGUUGGCGUGGAGCCGGUCGUCUCGCCCUCGGCCUCGUCCCUUGCUCCAACGGGCCAGGUGCAAGCCGACCCGCAGCUGCAGCUGCUGAACGAUGAUGCAGACUCGGUUGUGACUAGUGGUCUUCGCAAAGCGACGCCUGAGGACUGGUUCGCGGAUUCUGGCACCGCUCGCGUCCAUCCGCGCAAACGCCGGUCUGGCAAGCAGUCUGCACCUGACGGAGAUGUGGAGAUGAUAGAAGACAGCGGCGGAGGUCACGGAGCAGUUCCUGAGCCCGAGCCCGACGACGGCCGCCCUCAACCCCCACACUCUCGCCCCUCCUCCUCCCCUCCGCGCCCACGCCCACGCCGCCAAUCCCCAACCCCUGACAUGGCAAGCUCAGCGGAGCUGCAUGGCAUCGGCAUUGCCCAGGGCAAUGAGUGCGAGGGUGAUGUAAAGAUGCAGGACCCUGUCCUGCCUGCUCCGGCCGCAGCCGCGCCCCCACCCUCAAUUGAGACGGCCGCGGUACUUGCUCCAGCAGCCGACAUCACACCAACACCUCCGCCACCGCCGCCACCUGAACCUAUCACCUUAAAGGAAGGUCUGGACACUGCCAAACUAUUGCAACAGGUGAAAGCCCAGGAACGUGCGGCCGCGGCGCGCAUCGCCGCCCUCCUCCAGUCGUCCGCAGCUGCCGCCACCCACACCAGCACUGCGGACGCCAUCACCUCCAAUCCUGGCAAAGGCGGCGGUGCGCCGCCUGGCGGCCGCGCCGCCGCCAAGGCGCGCUCACAGCAGGCGGCCGUGGCCCUUAUGCGGGCAGCGGCCGCCCAGCGUAGCGCCGCCGCCGCAGCAGCAGCCGCCAACCCCAAUGCCAAGGAUAAGACAACCGCCCCAACGACUCUUCAGGUUGACCAUCACUUGGUGGCAUGCCAGGUCUUUGGCCUGAUGGGCAAGUUUGCCGCGAGAGCCGCGGCACAGAAGCUCGAGCGCGGCGGCGGUGGCAGCGGCAACGGUGGCGCCUAUGUAGCCAAGGGCGUCGUCACCGGCGGUGACGACAAUAGCGACAGACAGGUGACGGAGCAACAGGCGGCGGUGGUGAACCUGGCGGCGGGGCUGCCGGUGCCGUCGCAGCUUCCACACGUCGCUGACGCGACCGCUGAGGUCCCGGCGGUCCCGGCGGCGGUGGUGGUAAUUUCCGACACCGCCAGGCCUCCGCCACAGAUAUCGCCGCAGGCUUCAACAGCCAGUCCAGAGGCAGUCGGCCCUGACAGCAACAUCGCCGCCGCCGACGGCGGCGCCGUCCCCGGCGGCGGCGCCUUAACGCUGCGCGGCGGCGGCGGCGGCGGCUCUGUUGCUGCCGCCAAGCCAGCCACACUGCCGCCCCCGCCUGUCGCCCUCUGCUCCCCUCAGACCGGCAUGACGGCCCCAGCCGCAAGCGUAGCGACGCCGGCGCCUCACCUGCUCCAGCCCGGGCCCGCGCCCGCGCCUCCCUACGUGCUCCCGCCGGCCCGCUGCCCCGGCCCGGCCUGUGCCGCGUCCAACCCCUGGCCUCCCACCAUCGCCGCCACCCCCGCCUCCUGCCCUUCCACCACCGCGUAUGCGCGCGGCGGCGCUCCCCACGCCUUCGCACCACCGCCGUGGAUGCCGGAGGGCGGCUGCUCCGGCUUCUUCACCACCCAGAUGCAGCUCCCGACUGUCACCACCGCCGUCGCCACCACCGCCUCCGGCGCCCCCGUGCCUGCUGGUGCCAAUGCGGCCAUGGUCAAUGCCCGGUGCUACAGCCUCGGCGUGCUGCCCGUCACCGGCACCACCACCGGCACCACCCUGGAUGCCAGCCUCGGCGCUCCACCCGGCCCUGGCGACGCGGCUGCCGCGCUUGACGCGCGCACUGACUCCCGCCUCGGCCCUGGCUGUGAUGGCGGCAGCACCAACAACGUCGCGGACACCCACACCCACAACGGCACCAGCGCCAUCAAGACCGCCGUCGCCAUCACCGCCGGCACCGCCGGCGCCGAGGUCGUCUUGGAGGACUGCAGCAUCGCCGCCGCCUUCGCCGCCUUCGCCGCUACCUGUGCGGCUGGCGCGGCUCUCUCCAGCGUUGCCACUGACCCCCAUUACAAUAACGGCGGCGGCGGCGACGACGACGCGCCUAUGCCGGACUGCCAGCAGCCCCUGCCUGACCCGGCUGCCAUGCGCUUCGCCUCCGAGGACUUCUACCCUUCCAAGCCCAGCGCUGAUUCCGGCCCCAGCCCUCAUGCCUACGUUGAUGUCGCUAUGGCGGAGUCUGGAGCGGGCGCUGACACCCACACCCGCACCGACCCCGAGGCAGACGCGGACGCGUUCGUCCGCAACGCCUGGUCUGACUGCGAUGACGACGCCCUCAGCGGCGGCAUUUUUGCCAGUGGCGGCACCGCCGGCGUCACGGGCAGCGGCGGCACGGGCAAUGGCAGUGGGGUAGAGCCGGGGUACCUGGCGCAGGUGCCGGGGCACAUGCUUCCGCCAGCGGACGUGGAGAGGCUGCCGCGUUGCGACCUCGGAGCGUCGGGCGCGGCACUGCCCGCGGCGCCGGCUGGCGCAGGCGUGGCGGAUGCGCCGGCCGCGGCGCAGGCGGCUGCCGGUGAGGACAGCGCGCUGUGCCGCGUCACUGUGCUCUUGAAGGCGCCGCCGCGAGAGCCGCAGCGGAAGCGCCCGCCCCAGCGCGACCCGCACCAGCAGCCGCACCCGAAGCGCUGCAACGCGGGCUGUCCCUCGGCCGCACCAGAGCAGUGGCACGUGCACGAGCACCUGCAUGAGUUCAUGCAGGGGCGCUGGGACGGCAUGCCGGUUGAGGCCGGCGCAAUGGGCAUUGUUGUUAAAGGGAAUGAGACCCACAACAGGGAUGUUACCACCGAUGGCCAUGGUUAUAUGUGCAUGGCCAAGGAAGUUGCAGAGGGCCCUGACCAUGUUGCGGUUUGGGAAGCGCCACUGGAUGAAUUGGACUGUGCUUGGCUAUCCUCAUUAUUUAAUGAGAAUGACGCUGCGGUAGAAUGAGGGGUACGGUAGUUCAGCGUCUGCGUUGCCAGCCGCAAUGGGCACCACCCGUCAUGCCGCCUUCCAAGUUUGAAGUCCAUGCCUUGAUGUGGGCAAAAUGCAAACGCAUGGGGCGGUAUUCGAUUUGCAUUUGUGACGUGAACCGGCACCUCACCGCUAAUGCAAAUUUGUCAAUCAGCCUUGUGAGGUGCGGUCAGUCCUUGCAAGAUUGAAGCGCACAUAAAUGACAUGACUUCAUACCACACAGACGACAUCGGUACCAAGUUGCCAACGCGUUGGGACUGGCCGCGCAAUCGACUGGGUGAAUGGGCUUCGAGUAGUACGGUAGUAUGUAACGGCGCCGGCUUAGGUGGGGCACCUGCGGAGGGUGCGGCCUGGGCCGGCAGUGAGUGGCGCAACUGCGCACCACUGACAGAUGUGACGUUGAUGUGCCUUGCACGUGUGCUUGCGUGUACGUGCGUGCGCGUGUGUUGAGUCAAGGCAGAAUGAGUGUGUGAGUGUGUGCAUGUGCGUAACGUUAUGUCAUUUGCCUGUUGACAGGCCGGGAGACGCACACAUGUAAAGAUUGUAUCGU